AUGAUCUUCAAGACGACUCUUUUUGGCCUCGGCCUCGGCACGUGUGCCGGUCUGGCUGCUGCCGCCGAGGACCAACCUCCUACCGCUCUGACUAUCAACAACGCCGAGUACGAGAAGCGAUGUGGAGCAGGCAGUGACCCGAACUAUCCCUGCUUCACUUUUGUCGGCGGCGACCUCAAGGAUGUCCAUGCCGAGAUUUGGACGAUUGGAAGAAUGUUCCCCGCCACCAACUUUCUGCUCAAGGACGACCAAAUGCGCGAUUUUACCAUCGACGAUCCCAACAAGCUCUUUUCGAUCGACUGGAGGGCUUUCGACGUCGGCAUGAUCUACAGCCCCAUCGAUACGUCCAAGGCUUGCUACAGGAUCCAGAUCCAGGCUCCCAAGCAAGGCACUUCUAGGAUCUGGGUCAACGACGGUCUGGACGGUGAAGGCAUCGAUCUUGACUCCAACACCUCUUUCCUUGGCGAUCACGACUUCUGCUCCAAGUGGCUCCGCAUCCACGUCGGCAAUGACAAGUAA